ACCUGCUGACAUCAUCUGGGAUGACGGGGCUGAUCCCGGCGGCCCCCCCGCAGCCCCGCUAAUGCUCCGCUCCCGCCGGCGCAGCCGCCCUCGCCCAGCGCCAGCCCCAGCGCCAGCCCCAGCGCGGCGGCAGCGGCCCCGCGGCCCGGCCCCGCCAUGCCCGGGGAGGCGGUGAGAGCGCAGCGGCCGCGGGGCGCCGCCGGCAGCGGGAGCGGGAGCGGCGGGAGCGGCCCGCAGGGCGCGGCGGCAGCCCCCCUGCCGGCCACGGGCCCCCCAACGAUGCCUGCCAAGGAGGAGGCUCGCCCACAGCCCGAGGGGGCCAGCUGCGACCCUGGCCCCCCUGCUGCUGUGCCACCCGACGAGACCUGCUGCCCCCCACUGCCUGCAGACCCCCUGGACACCCGCAUUGUCAUGGGCGAGGAGACACGCUCCCCCACCGCCCCUGAGCUGCUGGGGGGGCCACCCCCGCCUGCUGUGCCUUGCCCCUUCCCUGCUCCCACCAAAGAGCCCCCCCAGGGCAGACCCCCCACCGCCCUGGACCCUGACCUCUUCUUCACAGCCCCAUCCACCCCCAUCCGCGUCACGGGGUCCCGGCUGCUGCAGCCCCCCCCCGAGGAGCAGACGGAUGGGGAGAGUGAGGGUCUCUGCUCCCCCCCCACCUCUCCCUCCGGCUCCUACAUGACGGCCGAGGGGGGCAGCUGGGGCAGCUCUGGCACGGCCAGCACCUCCCCGUCCUGCUCCCCCAACCUGGUGGCAGAGGCCGAAGCCAUGGCGGCGGCUGAGGCUGAGGAGGCUGAGGCUGAAGACCUGGUGGUGCUGCCCUGCCUGGAGCAUCCCCCCGCCUUCACCCCGCCCUCUCCAGAGGAUGAUGAUGAAGAGGAGGAAGACGGACCCUUUGCCCCGCCGGGGGAUGAAGAUGAUGAUGAUGGGCAGACGCUGGAGGAGGAAGAGGAGGAUGAGGAGUGGGAGCUGUCAGGGAGCGCAGGUCUGAUCCCGGCGGCGCUGCUGCCCUUCCGCGGCAGCCUGCUUUUCCAGGCCGAGGCGGUGGAGAUCACCCCGCUGCCCGCCGGCACGGCCCCCCUGCCCCUCUCCGGCGAGGAGGAGGAUGAGGAGGAAGAGGAGGAGGAAGGUGGCAGCACUUCAGCCUCCUUCCUGCACUCGCUGUCCGAGACCUCCAUCACUGAGGGGGUGGAUGAGUCCUUCGCCUUCCACGACGACACCUCCGCCUCCUCUGACUCGGCUGCUUACGACGGCGAGGAGGACGAGCGGCUGUACGGCACCGAGCGCCAUGCCGUGGGGGCUGAGGGGGGGCCCCCCAGUACCAGCACUGCUCCCCCUGGCGCCGCGGCCUCGGGGGACGGUGGCAUCGAGCUCCACCUUCAUGCCGGGAUGGACCUGGCUGUCCCCCCCUUGCCAGGGGAGUCCCCCUGGCAUCGCCGUGCCCAGGAGCCGGUGCCUGCCAUGGAGGGUGCCAGUGCUGAGGGGAUGGAGCUGGGGAUGCUGGAGCAGGAUGGUGCUGGGACCCCCCCGGCACACUCCAGAGAAGGCAGCGUGGAGCCAGACGGCGAGACCUUCCUCACAUCCUCCUCUUCCUCCUUGGAGCUGGAGGAGGUCUCAGCCCUGGAGCCUGAUGUCCUGUGGGAGCCAGAUGCUGUCUUGGGGGGCUGUCCCCUGCUGGAGCCCCCCCAGCUCCCCGAGGAGCCGGAGGUGAUGCCAGGUGCUGAGGAGGAGCCGGUGCUGAGGGAUGAUUUCAACGCGGCAGUGCUGGGAGAGGGGCCUGGCAUGGAGCCAGCAGUGAGCAGCAGCAUCCUGCAGCCCCCCAGCCUCUGCUCCGGGGAGCCCUGGGACCCUCAGACUGACAGCCUGGGGGAUGUCACCAUGGUGCCAGCCAACGGGGAGCCCCAGGGCGGCCAUGGGAGUGAUGGUGACAGUGACAGUGAACUUGGCACUGUGAGAGUGGGGAGCACUGAGCUGGCAGCUGCUGAUGGCCACGAUGAGCUGGACACUGCAGCCACCAACCUGGCACCAUCGGUGACGCCCAGCCCACCAGGUGAGCCAGACACCACAGCCGCUGACCUGGCACCAUCAGUGACGCCCAGCCCACCAGGUGAGCCAGACACCACAGCCGCUGACCUGGCACCAUCAGUGACAUCCAGCCCACCAGAGGAGCCAGCCACUGUGACCACCGACCUGGCACCAUCAGUGAUGUCCACACCGCUGGACGAGCUGGAUGCUGUGGCUGCCAACCUGGCACCUUUGAUGUCCAGCCCACCAGAUGAGCCAGACACCGUGGCCACUGAUCUGGCACCAUUGGUGGCACCUGGUGUGCCAGAUGAGCCAGACACUGUGGCCACUGACUGGGCACCAUUGGUGACACCCAGUGUGCCAGAUGAGCUGAACACCGUGGCCACUGAUCUAGCACUGUUGGUGGCACCUGGUGUGCCAGAUGAGCCAGACACUGUGGCCACUGACCUGGCACCAUUGGUGACACCCAGUGUGCCAGAUGAGGCAGACACCGUGGCCACUGAUCUAGCACAGUUGGUGGCAUCCAGUGUGCCAGAUGAGCCGGACACCGUGGCCACUGACCUGGUACCACCAGUGAUGUCCAGCCCACCAGAUGAGCCAGACACCGCAGCCACCAACCUGGCACCAUUGGUGAUGUCCAGCCUGUUGGAUGAGCCAGACACUGUGGCCACUGACCUGGUGCCAUUGGUGACGUCCAGCCCCCUGCAUGAGCCAGACGCCGUGGCCACUGACCUGGUACCACCAGUGAUGUCCAGCCCACCAGAGGAGCCAGACACCACAGCCACCAACCUGGCACCAUUGGUGACGUCCAGCCUGUUGGAUGAGCCAGACACUGUGGCCACUGACCUGGUGCCAUUGGUGACGUCCAGCCCCCUGCAUGAGCCAGACGCCGUGGCCACUGACCUGGUACCACCAGUGAUGUCCAGCCCACCAGAGGAGCCAGACACCACAGCCACCAACCUGGCACCAUUGGUGACGUCCAGCCUGUUGGAUGAGCCAGACACUGUGGCCACUGACCUGGUGCCAUUGGUGACGUCCAGCCCCCUGCAUGAGCCAGACGCUGUGGCCGCAGAUGUGGAACCAUUGAUGAUGCCCAACUCACCAGAUGAGCUGCACACUGCAGCCACUGUCCCUGGCCUGGUGCCAUCGGUGACACCCAGCCAGCCAGAUGAGCCAGACACUGCAGCCACUGACUUGGUGCUGUCAGUGAUGCCCUGCCCACCAGAGGAACCAGAUGCUGUGGCCACCAACCUGGUGCCAUCAGUGAUGCCCAGCCCGCCAGAUGCUGCAGCCACCGACCUUUUGCCAUUGGUGACACCUAAUGAGCUGGACACUACAGCCACUGGCCUGGUGACACCCAGCCCACCAGAUGCUGCAGCUGCCGACCUGGUGCCAUUGGUGACACCUGAUGAGCUGGACGCUGCAGCCACCGACCUGGUGCCAUUGGUGACACCUGAUGAGCUGGACACUGCAGCUGCUGACCUGGUGCCAUCGGUGACACCCAGCCUGCCAGAUGGCAUCAUGGCCCCAUCCCCACCUCCACAGGACAUGUCCCCCAGUGCUGCCAAUGAGGAGCCAGAGGAUGGGACCACCUCGGCCAGUGAGUCCCUGGAGCCACCAGUGAUGGUGUGUCCUGCAGUGCAGGGGAUGACGGUGCACAUCCCUGGGGACAUGGGUGAAGUCCCGGAGGAGUGGGAUGCCACCACCGCCUCCUCAGAGGAGUCCUCCCCGGAGCUGCUGGAGACGUCCCGCUCCCGCACCGACUCCAGCUUCUUCACUGCACCUGAGGACAGCGCGGGGGAGGCGGCUGUGCCCCCCAGACCCCCAUCCGAGGAGGAUGAGGAUGCUGCCAGUCGCUGCCUGGCCCUCUGCCUGACCCCGUCGCCCCCCACCAUCCCCCCCUUGGUUUUCACCGCUUCGGAGCGGGAGGUGUACGUGGGGGUCCCCCCGGCCCCCCUUGAACUGCUCCAACCACCCGGUGCCUUUUCGGAGAGCGGGGCGGCCUGGCAGCGCCGGGAGGACCGGCAGCGGGUCACCGCCAUGUUACAGGGCUCCUUUGGGGACCUGCCAGCCCCUCGCCUCCUCCCCAGGGCCCCGGAGCCCCCCGAGUUCCCAGCAGAGCCCCUGGAGGGCCCCCCCAGUGAUGGGGGGAGGGAGGAGCCCCUGCCCCCCCAUGAGCCCCCCACCCCCCAGCCAGGCGAUGAGCCCCUGGGCCAGACUGCUGGGGACACUGAUGCCAAAGUCCUGGGGGCGGACGCCCCCCCCAGCGAGCCCCCGGCACCCCCCAAGCAGCAGGAGGAAGAGGAGGUGAUGGUGGGGGCUGAAUCCAGCCCCCAGCCCGCUCUGGGUGCCGGUGAAAGGGGGGAUGCUCAGCCAGAGCCCCCCCCAGAGCCAGUCAGGGAAGAAGCCCCCCCAGAGCCCCCCAGCCCACCGUGGGCCCCCUCCCCUCUGCUCCCCGAACUCAGCCAAGUGCCUCCUCCUGCCGCCGCGCCACCGUCACCGUGCCCGGAUCUGGCCCGCGGCCCCCAGGACACCUCAGGGCUCCCCGCCGGCGAGGAGCGCCCGUCCAUCUUGCCGCCCUCCAGGAAGCACCUCGAGGCCCCCCAGCCUUCCCCCUGCAAGGAGAAGGAGGCCCGAGGCAGGCAGGUGGGGAUGGGCAGCCGGGGGCCCCCCCGGGGGUCCCUGCAGUCGGAGUCGAGCUCCUCGAGUGAGGCGGAGACCCCCUACCCCUGCCCCGAGAUCCAGCGCCUGCGGGAAGCUGCCGGCAUCGCCCUGCGCCAGGACAAGCAGCCCCCGGCCCCCCACCGCUGCGAGGCCAACCAUAAAGGGUCAUGUAAUGAGUCGGAGAGCAACGACGAGUCCAUCCCUGAGCUGGAGGAGCCUGAGGGCUCGGAGCCGCCGCCGGCCCAGACCCAGGCACAGCUCACCCACUCACUGGGCACCGGGGAGGAGACCGUCAGCAAGGCGAAGCAGAGCCGGAGUGAGAAGAAGGCUAGGAAGGCCAUGUCCAAGCUGGGGCUGCGGCAGAUCCAUGGUGUCACCCGCAUCACCAUCCGCAAGUCCAAGAACAUCCUCUUCGUCAUCACCAAACCCGAUGUCUUCAAGAGCCCCGCAUCCGACAUCUACAUCGUCUUUGGGGAAGCCAAGAUCGAGGACCUGUCACAGCAAGUGCACAAGGCAGCAGCGGAGAAGUUCAAGGUGCCGAUGGAGCACUCGCCCCUCAUCACGGAGACGGCCCCAACUCUCACCAUCAAGGAGGAGAGCGAGGAGGAGGAGGAGGUGGAUGAGACGGGGCUGGAGGUGAGGGACAUUGAGCUGGUGAUGGCCCAGGCCAACGUCUCGCGCCCCAAAGCCGUGCGGGCACUUCGGCACAACAACAACGACAUUGUCAACGCCAUCAUGGAGCUGACCAUGUAGCAGCCGGGGGUGUCCCGGUCCCCUGUAUAGAUGCACAGUUACUCCCCCCUCCAGCCCCCACCAUCCUUCCUCCAGCCCCCUGCAUCCUCCUCUGAGUCUGUAACGCUCAAUAAACGGCCUCAUGUAUCACUUG